AUGAACAUGAUUCUGCGCUACAAAGGUCCGACGCAGGACCUCCAAGGCAAAGUCCUCCGACUGCGCAAAGGUGCCGGGUCGAGUAGACAGCUCGCGUCGGAUUCCCGUUUUCAGCAAGAAGUGCUGCAGCCCGUCCUGGAGGGCUACGUGGCCUUCGGCACGCUCGUCGAAGUGAGCCAAUCUGUGGUGGAGCGCUUGAACAUCGAGCCCUCCAUCCAGCAGAGUCGACGUCCGGAGAGGCUUUCGGCAGAAGUCCGGGAUUUGGACACCAGCGCCGUGGGAGGACCGCCGAGCUUCGUGUGGGGCACGCUGUGCCCGGACCUGACCUACUGCCCGCAGGGCCACACAUACGAGCUUAAACCGAAGCUCGGCGUUGAGGAUUGUCUUCUGCCAGAAUGCCAGAGUCUCUCCCGCUUCACGCUGCUUCAGUGCAUCGACUACCCGAAGAAAAAGCGCUCCAUCUCGAGGUACAACCCCUCGGCCUUGUUCCGCGCGAUUUUUGAAGAUGAUGGUGCUGCUGUCUCAGAACAGCUGAGACACCUGAGGAGGGCCAGCGCUGACCCCCGGCAGAACAACUUCCGGGUCCUUGGCGGCACAGCCUGCGAUGCAAGCGACGCGGAACUGGAGGACCUCAAAGAGGUCCUUCUGCACGCAAGGGGCAUUUUCGCGAAGCUCCGGGCCUUCGGGUUGCUUGCGGCGGGUGCAGCCGUCGAAGAAGCAGCUCAGGAGCUUUAUGUAGCCGCCGGGUCCCCGACGCAGCUGGGUCCAGAGGUCUUCGAGCAGGCAUUCACCCACUGCGGGACCGCUUUGCUUGCGCGCCUGGAAGCAGACAUGGACGAUGAGGCUGCCAUAGAGCUGGUUCGCCAGACCUACCGAGACCUCCGUCCACAAUGGGGUCUGGCACUCUUCCUCCUCGGCAGAUCAAUACAAGAUGCAUCCCUGGUCGUGAACGUGCGCCAGAUGCAGCCCGGGGAAAGCCUUGCAUCCUUUCGCACGCUCCGCUAUGGAGAGGUAGAUGAAGUUCGGCAGCUGAUCGGGCGCAUAACGAUCAUUGACACGGACAUCAAACCAGCAGAUCGCAUUCCGCAGUAUGCAGAGACACUGCGAGUCUACAGUAGCCACCGGCACGUGGAGCAUUUGCAAAGCUUCCUGAGGGAAGGGCAGAACCUGGACGAGAGCUUGUCCAGCGUUCAAGCUCUGCUAGACCGGAGCAUGGGCUUCUCAGACGGC